GACGACCCGGGUACAAUUAUAUCACGCACUGAUUUGAUUAUUGCUGCUUUAAGAUUUUGAGAUUACAAAUUAGCAAAGUUUUAUUGAAAAAUACUAUUAUUCAGACUUAAUUUAAACGUGACAGCUUGGGGGAAUGAGUAGUAAUUGAUAAUCUUCGGUUUUUAUCCACAUAAGGCAAAAAUAGUUUGCUGACGAGAUUAUUUUUGAUAAUACAUAAUAAAUAAUGGGUGCAAUUGCGUCGUGUUGUAUUGGUGCUGAUGAAACAGAAAAUAAUGCCCACAGCGGUGCUGGUCGCGACACAUAUCAAACAUUUCCUACACAGCGCCCACCAGGACCAGUACAGCGCCCACCAGGGCAAAUACAGCGCCCAGGACCGGUACAGCCAGACCAGGAAGAAAAGCGGCGUCAAUUAGCCGAAGCUGCCGAAAAGAGAAGACAAGCUCAAGAUCAUCGCGGUGUCAAAGAUCUCGAAGCGGUGAGACGCCAACAAAAGAGACAAGAUGAAGUAGAACGGUUGGAAAGGGAGGCGAUCAUGAGAGGUGACACUUCGGGGGGACUGAAGUGGCAAGUUUCUUAAUUUCAAGUUGGUUGGUGGUCGACAAUUGUAAGAAUUUCGGGAAUGAAGUCCUGCUACUGUGAUAUAUAUACUUACUGCCUACGUAUUUGUAGUUAUUUGAAGAUAAAGAAAUGGUAACGUCUUAUUUACCAUUGUCAACCCGUCCAUACUAUUACAAAAUAGUCAAUAUGAGUCAAUCAACACCUUUUGGGUGUGCUUAUAAUAAGUCAAAAAGAAGACGUGGGUUGGGUUAAAUAAUCAUAAUGUUUAUAGCUCAUCUUAUUUUUUUGACAUAGGUUAAGAAAUCUUUUGAAAUAAUUAUUAUAUGAUAAUUUAGAUUUAUACAAUUGUGAAUCUUGUCAUCGAACGUUAAUAGUUGAGUGAGGUUGCAAAAUCUCGAUGUACUAAUUUUAUUUUACAUGCAAAGUAAGUUUAGAAGCAGCCGCUUCUUCAAAUGCUGAUUAAAACGUUGAGCUUAAUUAUCUUAAUUAAUUGCAAUGCAAUAUAAACGUCCUCAACAAAAUGACUAUUUCUAAUCGUAACGUUGACGCACAUAGAUGCCUAAUAUGUGUGAUAUGCAAAUACAUAUUUAUCUGCUUAAAUUUAUGACAGCAUUUCCAGGCGUCGUAAAUUCUAUGUCAAAAGAUAUAUGCAAAUAUUUAUUUAUUAUUAUUUAAAAUGCACUUUUAUAUACCACCCAAUCAACCUUGGCUAAAGUUGUCAUAUGUAAAUAAAUUAGUAUUGUUUAACGAAAAUCA